CGUAUACAAAGCCACAUCAAAAUGCUCCUGGUUGGUUCGACCUUGCAAGUUGCUAUCGGUCCAAAACCUCCAAAACCUUAUCGUCUCCUAUCCAGCUCUCCCUUCCUCACUCCCACCCUCUGGCCUCGGCGCAGAUUGCUUCCUCAUCUUCUAUCCUACUCCAUAUCCAAUUAGACGAUUACUCCAUACCACAUAUAGUUCUAAACCCUAAAGCGUCACGAAUUUUUCCCGGUAACUUUCCCGGGCGGAGGUACCCAGACAGAUAAUGGACCCAAAGGAAGCAGCUUUGCCUUCAUCGUCACACGUUUCAGAUAUGAAAGUUGCUGGAGAUUAUAGUAACAGUCAUGAUGUCGUUUCUGAUGAUGAUGAUAUCUUUUUGAAUGCUCAAGAGGAGCCUGUGGGUGAAGAACCCGUUGGAAGUGGAAUUGGUGGGUCAAAUUCGGCUGUGCCUUGUGAGGGUUCCCCAGCUUUUGAUGUUUUGGUGAAUGGUGAUGAUGAAAACCUUAAUAAAGAUGGGGUCUUAGACAAGGAUGAGGCUUUUUUGGAGAAAGAGCAUAGAGAUAGAGAAGAACCUGGUAGCUCUGAUGAUAGCCUUGACAAUGGAAGUGUUACUGAGGUUCAACCUGGUGGUGGCUUAGAGGGCUCUUUGACUAUUGAUGGAGCUAAGGUUUCUACAGAUGAAAAUCUGAACGAAUUUGUAAAUCCUGUAAGUGAAGGGAGAUGGGAGACCCACGAGGACGAGGUGGAUGGUGGGGAUGUGGUGGAGGCUGACAUGACUGGAGCUCUCACUGAUGAGACUGUUCUAGAGGCCCCUCCUGGGAAAAUCAUUCCCAAUCCAGAGGUUUCCUUGAGUGAUGAUGUCAAUAAUAUGAAUAAAGUUGAGGACUUGGAGGGUGAGAAGGUGAUUGACAGAGAUGGGGCUUCGUUGUUUGAGGAAAAAGAAGAAUCUGGUGACUCUGGAUCUAUCAUUGAUAGUGGGUUCCCAAAUUCAGCUGUGCACGUUACUGAAAUUAAGGGGUUGACUGGAUAUGCAAGUGAGGUUCAACCUGAUGGCUUAGAAGGGAAUGUAUCUAGUAUCGAUAACAGUCUCCCAGAUUCAGCUAUGCAUGUUACUGAAAUUAACGGGUUGAAUGGAUAUGCUAGCGAGGUUCAACUUGAUGACAUGAAAGGAUCUGGGGUUAGUUGUGGGGAUAAUAAUAUCAGUUCAGAUGAAUUUGUUAAUCUUAUGAGUGAAGGGGUGGGUCAAGAGAAGGUAGAGGAGGUGGAGGCAGUUGGCGGGACAGCUAUUGUUGUGGAAGAAACAAAAGAUGUGAAAAUGCAGGAAGGGGCGGAGGAUGUGGCAUCAGUGAAUGAAACUGAUAAAAUAAAACCAAUUGAUUCUUCAAGUGAAGGGCUCGUUCUCACUGUGAAAGAAAGAGAAAAUGCUCUACAUCAGGAGUGGGUCCCAUACAAUGGUGAGAGUGCAGCAUCUAUUAACACAGCUGAUGAAACGAAACCGCUUAUGGAAUUCACAGGCAAUAUGCCAGUAAGUGUUACUAAAUCUGAUAUUAUCAGUCUUGAUGUGCCUGAAGAUGUCAUGGAAAAGGUAAAGGAGCUUAAUCGUAUGGAAAUAGAGAAGCUUUCAGACAAAGCAACCACUCAAAAUGCAUCAUCAGAUACUGUACACAGCAAUGACAUGGAAGGUUCAACUGAUAAUUUUUCAUCCAAACUCAAUACACUAGAAAUACCAGAAUGUGAAGAAAAUAAUGAGAUAAGUGGAGAUGGUGAACUAGCAGAUGGCUCAGUGUCAGAUCAGGAGUCAGAUGGUAUGAUAUUCGGAAGCUCUGAAGCAGCCAGGCAGUUCAUUGAGGAGUUGGAAAGGGAGUCGGGCCGUGUUGAGGCUUCUUCUCUAGAGCCUAGAAUUGAUGGUCAAGUCAUGACAGACUCCGAUGAGGAGGGGGAGGAGGAGGAGGAGGUAGACACUGAUGAGGAAGGAGGAGACAGGAAGCAAAUGCUCCAUUCUUCUGCUCUGGCUGCUCUACUGAAAGCUGCAACUGGUGGUGCUGACCGUGACGGCGGCGGGAAUAUCACCAUUACCUCUCAGGAUGGUUCUAGACUCUUCUCAGUAGAGCGUCCCGCUGGUUUGGGGUCAUCACUCCGUUCUCUGGGAUCCACUGCUUCCACCCAACCUAAUAACCGUUCCCUUCUCUUCACCCCCACACUCUCAAACACUUCAGAUGCUGAGGAAAACCUGAGCGAAGAAGAAAAAAAGAAGCUUGAGAAACUGCAGGAAAUUAGAGUAAAGUUCUUGAGACUUGUCAAGCGAUUGGGUUUCUCUUCGGAUGAAUCCAUAGCUACACAGGUUCUGUACAGGCUGUCACUCAUUGCAGGAAAGCAGAAUAGCAAACUCUUCAGCAUUGAUACAGCCAAAUCAACCGCCCUUCAGCUUGAAACAGAGACGAAAGAUGAUGAUGGAUUGAACUUCUCUGUGAACAUACUAGUUCUUGGAAAGUCUGGAGUGGGUAAGAGCGCCACUAUAAAUUCUAUUCUCGGAGAAGAGAAGACCCCAAUUGAUGCCUUUUCACCAACGACCACUGAUGUAAGAGAAAUCUGUGUAAUUAUGGACGGAGUCAAGGUUCGAGUGUUCGAUACGCCCGGUCUCAAGUCAGCCGCCAUGGAGCAGGCUUUUAACAACAAAGUUCUGUCAAACGUUAAGAAGUUGACGAAGAAGAAUCCGGUGGAUAUUGUUCUCUAUGUGGACCGUUUGGAUUCCCAGACCAGGGAUCUUAAUGAUCUCCCGCUUCUCAGGACCAUCACAGCCUCCCUGGGUUCCGCCAUCUGGCGAAGCACCAUUGUCACGCUGACACACGCAGCUUCUGCUCCUCCAGAUGGGCCUUCUGGCUCUCCCCUGAGUUAUGAGGUUUUUGUUACUCAAAGGUCACGCAUUGUUCAGCAGUCCAUUGGGCAUGCUGUGGGGGAUCUACACAUGAUGAGUCCGAGCAUGAUGAACCCUGUUUCUCUCGUUGAAAACCAUCCUGCUUGUAGAAGGAACAGGGAUGGACAGAGGAUACUGCCAAAUGGUCAGAUCUGGAAGCCACAGUUACUUCUCUUAUGCUAUUCAAUGAAGAUAUUGUCCGAAGCGAGUUCUCUCUCUAAGCCACAAGACCCGUUUGACCACCGUAAACUGUUUGGGUUCCGGGUCCGGUCACCUCCUCUUCCAUACAUGUUGUCUUCAAUGUUGCAGUCCCGUCCCCACCCAAAGUUGACUAGCGAACUGGGCGGCGAUAACGUUGACUCUGAUAUUGAGUUGGAUGAUUUGUCUGAUUCUGACCAAGAAGGGGGAGGAGAAGAAGAGUAUGACCAGCUUCCACCCUUUAAGCCACUCAGGAGAGCCCAAAUUGCUAAACUGAGUAAAGAACAGAAAAAGGCAUACUUUGAGGAAUAUGACUAUCGAGUAAAGCUCCUCCAGAAGAAGCAGUGGAGAGAAGAGUUGAGGAGAAUGAGAGAGAUGAAGAAGAAAGGGAAGGGUGCUGAAGCUCCUCUAGAUGACGAUUUUGAUUCUGGGGCAGCUGCCCCAGUGGCUGUCCCUUUGCCUGACAUGGUCCUUCCCCCGUCUUUUGACAGUGAUAACCCUACCUACAGGUACCGGUUCUUGGAACCGACGUCACAGUUUCUAGCCAGGCCGGUUCUUGACACACAUGGGUGGGAUCAUGAUUGUGGUUAUGAAGGUGUCAACAUUGAACACAGUCAAGCCAUCGCUGACCGUUUCCCUGCAGCAAUAACCUUCCAGAUCUCAAAAGAUAAGAAAGAUUUCAGUGUAAGUUUGGACUCAUCCGUUUCUGCCAAGCAUGGAGAGAACGGGUCCAGCAUGGCAGGUUUUGACAUCCAAAACAUUGGGAAGCAGCUUGCUUAUGUUGUCCGUGGUGAAACGAAGUUCAAGAAUCUGAAAAAGAACAAGACAGCUGCUGGGGUGUCAGUUACAUUCAUUGGUGAGAAUGUAGUGACAGGGAUCAAGGUUGAAGACCAGGUCACUUUGGGCAAACGGUAUGUUCUUGUCGGUAGUACGGGCACAGUCAGAUCAAAGAGUGAGACUGCUUAUGGGGCCAACUUUGAAGUGAAGAGAAGGGAAGCGGAUUACCCAAUCGGGCAAGUUCAGUCCACACUGAGUAUGUCUGUGAUCAAAUGGAGAGGAGAUUUGGCUCUAGGUCUCAAUGCUUUGGCCCAGUUUUCUGCUGGUCGAAACUCAAAGGUGGCAGUUCGGGCUGGAAUAAACAACAAAAUGAGUGGGCAGGUAUCAGUCAGGACGAGCAGCUCGGAUAAUCUUUCUAUAGCCCUCACCGCUAUCCUUCCUGUUGCACUAGCCAUUUACAGGAAGCUUUACCCAGGCGUUGCUGAAAAAUACUCAUUCUACUAGUAGAUCUCCCCCUCAUUCCAGUGGUGGGUGAGUGCUGGCAGUACUUGUUUAGUUUUUCAUUUUUCUACUGUUUUUGUCUCUUGCUGAAUAAUUUAAUGGAGUGCUACUCUUCUGCUCCUGCUGAGUUAUUAUUAUUAGUAUCAAUUGUUGUGUCAUAUGGAGUACUCAUGAGUCUCACACUCUCACAAUUCAUUGCUCCUGAUGAUAUUCAUGAAGUUUAUUCUUUUUUUUUUCUGCAUACAAUUUUACUAUCUAUGGUUUCCAGACGCUUGUGAGGCUGAAUUACAGGUGAGGUCCUGAAUAAGGAUUAGCUUGCAUAACUCAUGCAAGCUAAUCAUUCUACUGUUACAGAUAAUAAAUAUAUUGGCAUUCUACUGUUACAGAUAAUAAAUAUACUGGC